AUGGACGCCGUGUCGUUCCUCACCCCCCACACCAAAUUCGCGGUGCGCACGACGUCCCUGGACUUUGUGAACGGGGCCGUCAAGAACGCCUACAGAACGUGCUGGUACGGUCGCCCCGGACCAACAUUCGUCGAUCUCCCCGCCGACAUCAUCCAGGGGAAGUCCGCGCCUGGGUUUCGUCUGCCGGCGCCGGAAACUACGCUGGUCGCGGCACCGCCCAAGACAGCAGGCGAUCCGGCAUCGAUCGCGAAGGCCGUGGAGCUUUUGCAGGCCGCUCGUGCGCCGUUGUUGAUCGUCGGCAAAGGUGCCGCGUAUGCGAGGGCAGAGUCGGGGAUCUGUCGCCUGGUGGAACAGACACAGGUCCCGUUCUUACCUACGCCGAUGGGCAAGGGUGUUGUACCGGAUUCCCAUCCUCUCAAUGCAUCGAGUGCCCGCAGCACGGCGCUGAAGCACGCAGACGUCGUGCUGGUCCUCGGCGCGCGGCUGAACUGGAUCCUGCACUUUGGGGAGCCGCCAAAAUGGUCUCCCCGGGCGAAGAUCAUCCAGGUGGACAUCUGCGCCGAAGAGAUUGGACGGAAUGCCGGGACCGCGGAACUAGGUAUCAUCGGUGACGUCGGGCUAGUUGUUGAUCAAAUUCUGGCCUCGCUGUCGAACUGGCGCUACGCCCCUUCUUCCUCCCCCACAGACGGCCAGUUUUCAUCUCUGCUCGCGGAAUCAGCCAAGAAGAACGAGAGCAAAGCGCAGAAGGCCGCGCUCCUUCCCACCUCCCCCGGCUCGCCACUGACCUACCAGCGAGCGUUCCAAGUCAUCAAAACCACCCUCAACUCCCUGACCCCCUUCGAAGACGGAAACAUCGUCUAUAUCUCCGAAGGCGCCAACACAAUGGACAUCUCCCGCUCAGCCUUCCCGCUCAACCACCCCCGACAGCGCCUCGACGCCGGCACAUACGCCACAAUGGGCGUAGGGAUGGGAUACAUCGUCGCCGCACACGAAGCCUACAACGCGACCAGCAACGACAAGAAGAAGAAAAUCGUCGCCCUAGAAGGCGACAGCGCGUUCGGGUUCAGCGCCAUGGAAAUCGAAACCAUGGCGCGGUACCGCAUCCCAGCCGUGAUCUUCGUGAUCAACAACUCCGGCAUCUACCACGGCGAUAGCACCUCACACGACGCGUGGACCACGCUCCAAGACCAGACGAUCGCCAACGACACCAAGUCCGAGGACGGGAAGAAGGGGCUCCGCUCUACGAGUCUCCUGUAUGAGAUGCGCUAUGAAAUGCUGGCCCAGAUGUGUGGCGGGAAGGGGUUCUUUGUGCGCAAUGAGCAGGAACUGGAGAAUGCGACGAGGGCGGGCUUUGAGAGUGAUACGGUCACGGUGGUGAAUGUUAUCGUGGAGCCUGGGAUUGGGAAGAAGAUUGGGUUUGCGUGGCAGGGGGAUGCUGGUAAGGAGGGGACGGCGAAGUUGUAG